GGCUAUUUGCUACCGGACCCACCCACAGGGAGAGAGAGCACUGUUGCAAUAUUAAAGCAGCUGACAAGCACAUCAGGAGUUGGCACUGAGGAACGUAGCUGAGCAGCAGCUUUAGCAGCAGCUUCAACUUGAAUUAGGUUUCAAGAAAACCAAGAGAUCUGCCAUCAUGGCUGGGAAGCCCAUGCUUCACUACUUCAAUGGACGUGGCAGAAUGGAGUCCAUCCGGUGGCUUCUGGCUGCAGCUGGAGUGGAGUUUGAAGAAAAAUUCAUAGAAACUGCAGAAGACUUGGAAAAGUUAAAAAAUAGUGGGAAUUUGAUGUUCCGGCAAGUCCCAAUGGUUGAAAUUGAUGGGAUGAAUCUGGUGCAGACCAGAGCCAUCCUCAACUACAUUUCCUCCAAAUACAACCUCUAUGGCAAGGACACAAAGGAGAGAGCUCUGAUUGAUAUGUAUGUAGAAGGUGUGGCAGAUUGGAGUGAAAUGCUCCUUGUUUUGCCAUUGUGUCCACCUGAGCAAAAAGAUGGAAAGAUUGCCCUGAUCAAGGAGAAAACAACAAACUGUUAUCUUCCUGCCUUUGAAAAGGUGUUAAAGAGCCACGGACAAGACUACCUGGUUGGCAACAAGCUGAGCAGGGCUGACAUCCAGUUGGUUGAACUUCUCUACUACGUGGAAGAGUUUGAUGCCAGCCUUCUGGCCGGCUUCCCUCUGGUGAAGGCCCUGAAAACCCGAAUCAGCAACCUCCCCACCGUGAAGAAGUUUCUGCAGCCUGGCAGCCAGAGGAAGCCUCCUGUGGAUGAGAAAAGUCUAGUGGAAAUAAAGAAGAUUUUCGGUAUUAAAUAAAGUGUCAUGGAUGCCUGGCACAUGCAGGAGAAAUCAGAAAUUUUGCAAAUAUUGAAUGUUUACCAAAACAUUGGUCCUGGCUAUUGUGGGGCUAAUUAACUUCAAAAUUACAUACUCUGAUUAAGUAAUAAUGCUCCCAUUGGGCAGAUUUUGUUACAAUUUAUUUCCUUUUGAAAUGUGAAAUCAACAUUCCAAUUUCCUCCUAACUCAUCUCUUUCUUGGAAUUGAAAAUUAAAUUAAAUUAAAGGAAAAUGUAGAUUAUGUGCUCCUUUUCUCUUUAAGAAUUAUCAUAUAACAUCUGGCAUAUAGCCUAUCAAAGAGUCAAGUGUAGAAAUUCACAUCGGACACUCACAGUUAUACGCACAGAAAUAGUUCCUUGUGUGUUUUGAUACCUAUCUGGGUAAUGGUUUAUAGACAUUUUCUUCUUUUCUUGGACAGACAUCUUCCUUCAGAAAAUAAAACUUUUUUCAUAUGCA